AGUUGGGCAGCAGAGACUGGCUGGGCUGGCACUCACCCACGACCCCCCUUCCCUGCCAUGGUGGUCCACCAGUAGCAGGUUCCAGACCACCCCAACCCCCCCGGGACCUUUGGGCAGACCCAGCGACAGCCAGGUGCGCAAAGCCACAAGAGCUCUAACGCAAACUGGGGGCAGCUCUGCCUGCUGUGUUCUCUUAUGCUUGUGGAGAUGCCCAACUGACAGGAGAGCGAGCGAAGAAAAGAACGCUCCCUUUUGACCCACGCCUGCUGCACCCAUGGCACUGCGGGUCAGUCUGUUGCCCCUGUGCUGCUUGGCACUUUUGGCAUUACCUGCCCAGAGCUGUGGGCCGGGCCGGGGACCUGUUGGCAGGCGCCGCUACGUGCGCAAGCAGCUUGUGCCUCUGCUGUACAAGCAAUUUGUGCCCAGCGUGCCAGAGCGGACCCUGGGCGCCAGCGGGCCGGCGGAGGGAAAGGUGGCAAGGGGCUCCGAGCGCUUUCGGGACCUCGUGCCCAACUACAACCCCGACAUCAUCUUCAAGGAUGAGGAGAACAGUGGCGCUGACCGCCUGAUGACGGAGCGUUGUAAGGAGCGGGUGAACGCGCUGGCCAUUGCAGUGAUGAACAUGUGGCCUGGAGUGCGCCUACGAGUGACUGAGGGCUGGGAUGAGGACGGCCACCACGCUCAGGAUUCACUCCACUACGAAGGCCGUGCCUUGGACAUCACCACCUCUGACCGCGACCGCAAUAAGUAUGGUUUGCUGGCGCGCCUGGCAGUGGAAGCCGGCUUCGACUGGGUCUACUACGAGUCCCGCAACCAUGUCCACGUGUCUGUCAAAGCUGAUAACUCACUGGCUGUCCGGGCCGGCGGCUGCUUUCCGGGAAAUGCCACCGUGCGCCUGCGGAGCGGCGAGCGGAAGGGGCUGCGGGAACUGCACGGCGGAGACUGGGUGCUGGCGGCGGAUGCCACAGGCAGGGUGGUCCCCACGCCGGUGCUGCUCUUCCUGGACCGGGACUUGCAGCGCCGGGCCUCGUUUGUGGCUGUGGAGACCGAGAGGCCUCCGCGCAAACUGUUGCUUACGCCCUGGCACCUAGUGUUCGCUGCUCGAGGGCCAGCUCCGGAACCUGGCGACUUUGCACCGGUGUUCGCGCGCCGAUUACGCGCUGGGGAUUCUGUGCUGGCGCCUGGCGGGGACGCGCUUCGGCCGGCACGCGUGGCCCGUGUAGCGCGAGAGGAAGCCGUGGGCGUGUUCGCGCCACUUACUGCUCACGGGACCCUGCUAGUCAAUGACGUCCUGGCCUCUUGCUACGCUGUUUUGGAGAGUCACCAGUGGGCUCACCGCGCCUUUGCUCCCUUGCGCCUGCUGCACGCGCUGGGGGCGCUGCUCCCCGGUGGUGCAGUCCAGCCGACUGGCAUGCACUGGUACUCGCGCCUCCUCUAUCGCUUGGCAGAGGAGCUGCUGGGCUGAAUGCCCCAGGCAGAGAAACCUUGAGACGCUUGAUGAAACCCAAUCCUGCUGGCUGAGAUGUGGGGAUGUGGGCAACAGGCGAUGCA